UUCAUACUCACCUGUCCCUUAGAUACAAGGUAGCACCGGGAAACAGAGGACUCUUCUUUAGAGCAGACCCAACUGGUUUUCAGCAGCCAAGGUAAUUGCAUGGAUUCCUGAGAUUCUUGAGCUGGCACUUGAUAUAGAAUAAUGAUUAACACGCCGUGGGAGAGCAGAGUCUGGCAGUUGGACAUGCAGCUGAUAGGAAAAGUAGCGCUCUCAGCAACUGCUGUCUUUAUUUUGGCACUCGCUUAUAGAUUUUAUAAGUUACGAAAACUAGAGAGCACUGAUCCAAAUGGCAAUCAUGUCCCAUGCAGUGUCACAGAGAAGAACCCUACUGAAGAAACUCCUUUACGGGAUUACAUAGGUGAAGAAAAUGGUAACCUGAGAUUUAGGUGUGUACACAACUUGCAGAACAGCUCGGUCACAGAUCACGUCAAGGCUCAAGAGGGAUUACCGAUUGGUGAUGUCACCCAGAAAGAUCAAAGUGGUCUAACGAGUGAACAAGUGCACAAGAAGCUUGACCCCCUGCGAAGCCAACAACAAACUAGAGAUGAUACUGCAGGCCAAACAGAUGAGUGUGAUCGAGAAGACGUCAUCAACAAAACACAGAGCCAGGACUGCAGGCAGGAUCCAGAAGGUGGAGAAAUGCAAGAAAAGUCAGAAAUGGCAAAUGGUUCCACGGGGAAGGAAUCUGAAGAUUUGUCUGCAAGUCACGAAAAUCGACCAGAAGAAAAUUCACCCCAGGUUAUCUCAACAGAAAUUCAAGGUGAUAUCAUCACAGAUGGUGGCCAAACCCAGAUACUUACAACAGAAGGCUUAAGAGAGAAGAUGGUGGAAUCCAGUUCUCAGCCAAUCAUAGAUGAAGUAGAUCAUCGCCUUGAUACUGGGGUUCAUGAAAACCAGAUACCCCUUACAGAUUUACAAUCAUCUGCUAACAAAGGGGACAUAAGCAUCACGGCUCAACAAGAACCAACUAAUGAUGAUGACCGUACAAAGGAUAACAUUCAGGAGGAAAUGAGCAAAAUCCAAAACCUAAAAGACAACCAAGAGGAAGAAGACAAAGGAACCACCAACGACACACAAACACAGGGAAUCGAAUCCAAUAUAAUUUCUUCUGUCACUGCACCCUCAUCACUUUCCAACCAGCAAGACCAGGACAGUGCUAGAGUGGUACAGUCACCACCAAACACCUACCACAUUUCUUUGGAUAAAGAGUCUACUCUUGAUAUCCAUCUUGAUUUGGGAAACUGUUAUGAAGUCUUGUGCCUGGCAAAGAAAUACAAGCACGAUGUCCUUAUAGCAGCAGCUUACAAAAUAAUGAGUGACAACUACUUACAGGUUCUACAAAACCCAACAAUCUAUGGACGUCUCAACGCCAUGGAGAGAGACUUAAUUCUUGAGGCCAGGAUGAAGGGAAGGCGUUUUGUAGUUGUUGCUGACAUUGACACUCAAGCCAACAAUGCACCUGAAAACAGCAGCAGUCUGAGUUAUUACGACAGUGACAAUGACCAGUGGCACGCGUUGUCCCACAUCCCAAGUGAAGCUGUCAGCAGAGGCUCUUCCAUGGCCACUCUCUUCAACUACAUCUUCAUCGUGCUUGGUUCCGACGGCCUUGAGAGGCAAAUGAAACCUUCCAAACGUGUCCUCUGCUACAACCCCUCGACGGACACUUGGAAGGAAGUGGCUUCGCUCAAAGAAGCAAGGCCUCACUGCAAACUUGUAGCCCUUGAUGGCUGCCUCUAUGCCAUCGGGGGGGAAUGCCUUCAUACCGUUGAAAAGUAUGACCCACGCCAAAACAAGUGGAGUUACAUAGCACCUCUUCCGAAUGACACCUUUGCGGUCGCUCACAUGGCGACUGCAUAUGACGAUGAGAUUUACGUGACGGGUGGAACAAUACGAUAUAUGCUCUUAAGAUAUAACCAUCGAGAGAAAAUCUGGAAGAACAGUCACAUCAGCGGCAGCAAAGACAGGACGACAGAGAUCGUAAUCGCCAACAACUUCCUCUACCGCUUUGACCUGAACCGCAGCAUGGGGAUAAGUGUCCACCGUUGCAACAUUCGAGCCAGGAUCUGGUAUGAAUGUGCCACAUAUGCAAUGCCCUAUCCGACACCCUUCCAGUGUGUGGUCAUCGAUAACAACAUCUACUGCAUUAGCAGAAACUUCCACCUGCGUUUCUUGGCGGAUGAAGUAUCUCCCAGGUUUAUGGAUGUAGACCUACAGACUGUGCCCUUGCCAAAGGGCAUCCUCUACCCUCUUGUCCUUGUUCUGCCAGUCAAGGGCGUACAGUGAACUCACCAACAAAGACCCUUAUUGAUUUUCUUUUUCUUCAUAGAUACCCAACAAGCCAAUGGAAGCUUGUUAAGAGUCUGAUCUUGACACUGGCUACAUCCACGUACAGGACAUAAAAGAGGAAAUGUGAUAAUUAUUCAUUGUCUACAACUGCAAUUCUCUUGACAAAUGCACCGUUAUAAACUGCAGCUUCAAGCAAGUUCGUGGCACCGCACUAAAGUCUUUUCUGCAAGACGGAAACUUUUUUUCCUUUUUUUUGCCCUAAUACAUAUAUUCUGUAUUCAUACAGGCAAGAGGCAGAAAGAUAAAUCCUGGAGCCUAGCAGGUAAAAACACCAACAUUCGCAGUAAUUACUUCUCAUUGCUCAGUAACUCACAGCUGAACUUUUAGAGAUGGGAUUUUUUUUUCCAGAUUUUGGGGAAUAUGCAUAUUUUAUGUCUAUAGUGUAACACUGGCGUCAGCAUUAACCCCAUAGAUGAUGAAGGAUGUGUAAAAAAAAAGAUGGAGCGCUUACACCCAAAUAUAGAUAUUUAGGAUGAGUUACAAUGUGACAGAAUGCUAUGUAAUCUAUUAUGUGCACAUGAAUGUUAAGAGUGACUUUAGGGUUAACGUGUAGCCUUCAGCUGCAGCCGCCAUAGCUUGUUAUUAUAGGACGGCAGGGUGCAUCCUGAACGCUCCACGUCAUAUGCAAACAGAGAUUAGGAGUAUUUGCCUUUUAAAUUAUAUGUACAAUUACAGUAAUGCUAUAGUUAGAAUGACCCUUAAGAGACUACGCUCUGGUAUUCUAAUAGUGCACUGAGGGAACGUCUUUUAAAGGGCAUCUGUCAGCAGUUUUGUACCUAUGACACUGGCUGACCUGUUACAUGUGCGCUUGGCAGCUGAAAACAUCUGUGUUGGUCCCAUGUUCAUAUGUGCCCGCAUUGCUGAGAAAAAUUAUGUUUUAAUAUAUGCAAAUGACCCUCUAGGUGCAACGGGGGCGUUACCGUUACACCUAGAGGGUCUGGUCUCUCUGCAGCUACUGUACCCAAUGCAGUUUGAUUGACAGCGCCAUGUGUGAUCACAUUUUCACUGCCUGGUCCUGUCAUUUAAAGUGCAGAGGGCGCGGCUGUUGCAGAGCCUCUAGGUGUAAUGGCAACGCCCCCAUUGCUCCUAGAGGCUCAUUUGCAUAUAAUA